AUAGCUAGAGAAUGUGUUUGGUUUGGAAGCUCUAGAGCCAGCCGCCAUUCAUUUCCAUGGCAACUCCCCCUGUCAAAGUGGUAAAACCUGGAGGGUACGAAAAAAAGAGGGAGGGGAAAAAAAGAUAGAGCGAGAAAAAGAGAGAAAAGGGACCCAGGUGGUUAGUCACUAGCUCUGGACGUUAUCAGGAGUUUUCAGCCUAACAGGAAGUACUAUAGUGUGGGCCCUAGAACUUCAGAGAAAAGGAAUGGCAUGGAGCUUUACCACUGGAGAGCUGAAUGAUUAUUGGUCAAAUGACGUCUUAUUUCCAGGUUGUUUUAGCAGUGUAUUGUUGUGGUUCAGCACACAGUGAUAUUUGUUUGUGUUGUUGACAUGUAGGCUAGUCCUAACUAAAAGGAGUGCGGGACUGAGCUGUGAAAACAGUAGCAACUGUGACCUCAUGACAAUUGACAACAGAGCAGUGAAAUAUGAGUGGGGGUUACGACGUGGACCUGUUUGUGGACAGUCCAGACUAUGACCUGCUCUGCACCAUCUGUAGAUCUGUCCUGAGGUGUCCUGUCAGAGUGGCCUGUAACCAUGUCUUCUGCAAGACCUGCAUCCUACAGUGGCUCAGGAGACAGGAGACAUGUCCCUGCUGUAGGAACACUAUCAGUCCCAGCUUUAUGUUUGUCAUGUACAAAUUGAGUAAAACUAUCAGCCGCCUCAGGAUUAAGUGUAACAACGAGGGAUGCUCGGCCACUUUCCCUCUGUCUGAGGAGUUCCUCCAUAGUUCCUCCUGCCAGUUCCAGAGGGUCCCAUGCCCCCACCAGGGCUGUGGUUCCUUGGUGCCCCGCUCAACCCUGGAGGUCCACUCACAGCAUUGCCAGCACUGGAGCCAGCUCUGCCCCAUGGGCUGUGGUACUCUGCUCACACAGUCCACCCAGCCCCAGCACAACUGCUUCAGGCAGCUGAGGCAGCAGGUGGAGGCCCAGAGGCAGAGCCACAGAGCCAUCGCUAGCGCCCUCCAGAGGAAGAUUGGGAGAAUGCAGGCCGCCAUGACACACGUCAGGAGGCAGGUGGCGCUCAUCUGUGAGAGCCUAGAGGUCAUGGGAGAGGAAGAAGGAGAGGGAGAGGGAGAUGAAUACGUAGAGGGUGAGGGGGAAGGAGAAGGGGAGGGGGAGGUGUAUGAGGGAUAUGGAGAGGGGGAGACUACAGGGGAGACUACAGGGGAGAGUAACACGAGCAGCAGUAGCAGCAGCUCCUGA